UCUUCCUUGGAAUCCAAACUCUCCACGUUUCCACGUUUCCACUUUAUAAAAUGAAGUUGCCAUUUGAAACAAAAUCAUAUUUAGUUUUAUUAAAAAGAAAAAGAUAGAGAGAGAGAGAGGGGGGAGCGACAUGGAAGGAAAGUGUGAGGAGCAACCAUGGUUGCAUGGAGACAAAAGAGAGCCAAAAUACAGCCAUGGGUUUUGUUCAGCCGAGAUACAGACGCUGGCCAGCGUUGCCGAAGUGUUUUUCCCUUCUUUACCACCGGAUUCUGGCUUUCAAGGAAAGGAAACCCAGCCAAGCAAGGCUGUUCAAUCCUUCCUAAAAGCUUCUGCCUCUCAACCGGCUUUCCCCGACGAGGUAGCAGAAUUGCUGGGGAAAAGAGCAUUCAUUGAAAGUGUGAUAGUGGUGAGAAUUGUAUUAGUGUUACUGUGGACGAGGGUAGGAAGCUUGUUGCUAUGUGGAAGGCAGUGUUUGGGGAAGGAAUGGCCGUUUAUAAAUGACUUUGGAAGCAUGGGAGUGGAGAAGAGAGAGAAAGUAAUGCAAAAUUGGUUAAAGCAUGGGUUUCUAUUUACUCCCACAAGGGUUGCUUUCAUCUACUUGAAAGUCUUCUGCCUUUUUGUUUACUUCUCUCGGGUAGGAGAAGAUGGUUAUAAUCCAGCAUGGGAAGCUAUUGGAUAUAAUGUAGACAAAGUUGAGGAUCAGCCGCAAGCACGAAAGGAAAGGCCUCUUCAAAAGGGAAUGAUUGAGACUGUGCAUGAAAAAGACUCCACUCUUUAUCGUUCUCUAUCACAGAAAGGCCUUCUUGUUAGUGAAGAUACCCAACAAAAUGUUUACAGGAUCAAAUGCGAUGCCGUAGUAAUUGGUUCCGGUUGUGGUGGCGGUGUUGCAGCCGCAAUGCUGGCCGGUUCUGGCCUUAAAGUCGUCGUUGUAGAGAAGGGGAACUACUUUACUUCAACCGACUAUUCACCCUUCGAAGGCCCCUCCAUGGAUAAACUAUACGAAUCUGGAGGAAUCCUUCCGAGUUUGGACGGACAGCUGCUGAUUCUUGCAGGGUCUACAGUUGGUGGUGGCUCGGCUGUGAAUUGGUCGGCCUGUAUAAAAACACCGAAAUAUGUUCUUAAAGAAUGGGCUGAGGACUGUAAAAUACCUCUUUUUGGAAGCAAUGAAUAUGUUUCAGCAAUGGAAACUGUUUGUGAAAGAAUUGGUGUCACGCAUGAUUGUAAAGAGGAAGGAUUUCAGAAUCAAGUGCUUCGAAAAGGGUGUGAAAAUCUAGGUCUAAAAGUCGAGAAAGUGCCACGGAAUUCCUCCGAGAGCCAUUAUUGUGGAUCUUGUGGUUUCGGUUGCAGAAGAGGAGACAAGAAAGGGACCGAUCGAACUUGGCUAGUCGAUGCCGUAAACAACAAUGCAGUGAUUAUAACAGGGUGCAAAGCCGAGAGAUUCAUAUUAGAGCGAAACAAGGUAGGCAGUGCAAGGAAAAUGAAGUGCUUGGGAGUCAUUGCAAAGCCUUCAAAUCAAAACAUCACAAAGGAACUUCAUAUAGAAGCCAAAGUAACAAUAUCAGCAUGUGGGGCACUUUUGACACCUCUUUUAAUGCAUUCUAGUGGGCUGAAGAAUCGAAACAUCGGUCAAAACCUUCAUCUUCAUCCGGUCCUAAUGGCGUGGGGUUACUUUCCUGACUCCGAUUCCAAGUUCAAAGGGAAAGCUUAUGAGGGUGGAAUAAUAACAUCAGUACAUAAGGUGGCAGGAAAUGACAACAAAGUGCAAGCCAUCAUUGAAACUCCUUCAUUGGGGCCUGCACAAUACUCUGCAGUAUGCCCUUGGGUGUCUGGUCUUGAUAUGAAAGCAAGGAUGCUAAAAUUUUCCAGAACUGCUCAUAUGAUAACAAUAAUAAGGGAUCAGGGAUCCGGAAAAGUACACGCUGGAGGACGAGUAACCUACAAGUUCGAAGAGGUAGACCGACAAAACUUACGAGCCGGUUUGCGACAGUCAUUGAGGAUAUUAGUAGCAGCCGGGGCAGUCGAGGUGGGCACUCAUCGUAGUGAUGGGCAGAGAAAAAGAUGUAAAGGGAUAAGCAAUGAGGAGUUAGAGGAGUUUUUGGACUCGGUUUCUAUGUUAACAAGUCCGUUGUGUACCGGGGAAAACUGGGUGGUGCACACCAGUGCUCACCAGAUGGGAAGCUGUAGGAUGGGGAUAAAUGAAGAGGAAGGUGCAGUUGAUGAAAAUGGAGAGAGUUGGGAAGCUGAAGGAUUGUUUGUUUGUGAUGCAAGUGUUUUGCCAAGUGCUGUUGGUGUAAAUCCAAUGAUCACUGUCCAGUCCACUGCUUAUUGUCUGUCAAAGAAGAUUGCAGAGUCUUUAAGACAACAAAAAUAGCCUUCUUGUAGUAAUCCCUCAUCAAACACGUACACAUUGUUGUGCUUUUCUACAUUUGUUUGUGUGUAUUGGAUUGUAAGAAUAAUAAACAGAAAAGAUGGUUUAUCCAUUUUGAAGAUUUUUGUACUCUUAUGCUCCUUAUUCUAAUAAAUAUGGAAGUGUUAAAGUAA